AUGGGUAUCUUGCAAAAAUCUGGUUCCUGCGAGAACCCAGGUCGGUUCUCCAGCCAACUGCGGUAUGCUCUUGCCUCCAAACUUCCCAAGCCUUUCGACGUCUGGAGCAUUCCCGAAUCAGUUGCAAUCCAAGAGGAAGACUGUCCUUACGACAUGGAAACGCAGUCCUAUGCGGGAGAAUGCCAUGUCCCGAUGGAUGAAGACACAGGAGAUGGAGCUGACGGUGACUGGGCUAUGGAGACCCAAAGCGUGGCAGAUGACGGUCCAGAAGCGGUGCAGUCUGGAGAGGCUGAUGCUCCCGUAUCAAUUGGCAAUCUAGACCGCCGAGCUCGGUACGUGGAAAUACAGCUCGAUGAACAAAAUCGCUGGAACGACGAGAUUGUACGAGGCAUGGAGACUAUACAGGGAACGUACCAGGAAAUCUCGGCGCUCAAAGAAGAAGUGGCUAUGUUGAAAGACCAAUUGAACUCUCUAUCCAAAGAUAGCCCAGGAACUGGGCGAAGACCGGGACGCCCCCCAGGCGUGUGGCAGAAUAAUGGAAGGGAAAGGAGUACCCGCAAGUUCGUACUUGCAGCAAGAUGCCUAGCAAUAAAGCGAUAUCAAUCAUUUCCACGUAUUGACACUUAUAACCCCUAG